UUAGUUAGUUAGUUCCUGCUUUUAUUUCAGUGACAUUUUGCCGGACUGCCAAGAGUGUUUCUAAAACUUUUCCACUCUGAGACACAGCAAGUACGUUUACAGAGGCCGUCAGCGUAAAAUCAUUGCAGGAAAGAGACUGCAACCAUCAAGAACCAGAAGAAGAAGAAAAAUGACCAUCAAUUCCUUCAAUCUUUUUUUUAUUUGGCUGCUGCCAGUGACAGCAGGUGGUGCCCUGACAACUCCGCAUCACAAUUUCACUGAUGUGACGACUGGAAAUGUAACAUUCUCAAAUCAUUUUGAGACGACCGGUGCAACAACACAGGAGACAUCCAGCUCGAAUGCGCUCAUUAUCACACCGUCCAUUAUAGUUCCAGAGGUACGGAGUAAACCUCUCCUGAAAAUGGCCCAAACCCAAACAGCAAACCCAACAAAUUCCACAUGGUCUCAGUUAAAAUCCUCACCAGCUGAGGCAAUGUCCACAACAGAAGUCCCAAAAUCAACAACUGUAACUGUUGUAACUAAUAGAGCCAGCAACCCAACCUCAACUACAAUACCACCAGCAUCAAGCAGCUUCACCCUAAGCCAGAGCACAGGAAGCACAAUCAAGGGCGAGGAAAAUACCCAUGGAUCUACACAGCUCAUCUCUACUCUAGCCACAAGUGCAGUCACAGAUGGUGACCCUAUAAAGCCUUCAAGUUCAUACAGACCGUCACCUACUGCAACAAAGAUAUCAAUUAUACACAUCCUCAGCACAAAGAAAAGUACAACAACAAAGUCCAGUAAGGGGACAAACCACACCAACGCAGUGGCAGGCAUCAUAGGUGGAGCCCUGGUACUGAUGAUGGUAGGAUUCCUGGUCAUCUUCAUAAAGAAGCAUCGCGAUCAGAAGCAUCAGAUGACAACUACAGACUGGGCUGGGCCAACACCAUUUCUACAGGAUGGAGUGGACACUGGCAACGUAGAGCUGAGGUCCACUAACCAAAUUUUUAUGAACAGCUUCCUGCCUCAGAGGCUGUCUAAAAGGUUCUCCAUGUUGACGCAAACACAGCAGGAGUUAGAGGACAUGACACCAGGAACAUUUGGAGAUAAGCACCAAGGGGACACAUCCUUUCACCAGGUGGAUGGAUGUAAAGUAAAAGAAAGUAAAGAGACUGCUGCACCUGCAGUUCCGGAAACAAAAAGCAAAGAAGAUGUAGCAGAGACUGUCCCAGUGCCCUCUUCUCAAACAAACAGCCAGGUUUGAUAACCGCUAAAUA